AUGGGCCAAGCCGAGGAAGCCCUCGGUACAGAUGUGAUCAAAUUCCCCAGAGGCUUUCUGAACCACGGUAUCUCCGGGCACGACCAAUCUGACAUUUUAUGGAAGUUGACAGGUAAUCUUGGUGGAGAGCAGUAUCGGGAUCUAGUUCGUGGCCCUUUGAAUGAAGCUUGCAUGUGUGCCGAGAGACAAGGAUACCACUACCCCAGCCCUCCAACAUCGGAAUGGACCAGAUCGAACCCUGUGGAGAAUAGCUUGCCACAGGCAGGUGUCGAGCUCAAUACCGCCUCCUUCCGCCUGGACGUUCCAGAUGGUUGGGAUGUUCCGAUGAGCGGAAUCGUCGGCAAUUUUACCAAAAGCACCCCAGGCGAAAACUACCGGCGCCAGCUGUCCGUCAACGUUAACAACCUCGGCCCCCAAACGGUCUUCCCUGUCUCCAAUGGUAUUCUUAAUCACGACGGAACUACGUAG